AUGUCUCAUCUGCCGUCGCCCGGAAACAACCUCUUCGCUGAUAGCCCGCAGAUGCGGCAACCUUACCUGUCCUUUCUUUAUCGACUAGAAUGUGACAUUGCAAAAGAGGAAAUAAACAUCGGCGCUCCUCAUGAUGCAGGAGUCAUACGCAGCAUUGCGAACAUUGUGCGAGGUAGCGUGAAAGGUCCUGGAAUUGAGGGCUCGGUUUUACCUCUUGGGGGCGCCGACUGGGCGACUGUUGUGAAAGGAACGCAUUCUAUGACCUUAGAUGCUCGAUACUGUGUUCGCACUUCUGACAACCAUCAUCUCUACAUUCGUGCCCAUGGUCUCUAUCGCCCAGGCCCUGGAACAGAGUAUGCAAAGCAGGUCGAAGCAGACCCAGAAAUUAUUCCCCCGCCAACAAUCUCACAGGAUGAUGUUGAAUUCUUCUCGCAUCUCCGGGUUGAGGCUGGACCGGGUCCAUACAAUUGGUUAAAUGGCCUGGUGUGCAUUGGUGUUAUGAGUUGCGUCAAUGAUAGAAUAUGGAUAGACGCUUACCACCUGACCAACUUUCCUGGUUCAAAGCCAGAAAAUGUAAUUGCAAAGCCAUAG